AAAACUCGCCAAUAAUUCUUUCGUGUGUGACUGCAUUAUAUCGUGGUUUUUGGAUAGUAUUCAGAACUCCUCGAACAGUGAUCGCAUUAUAGAUUUGGAAACUCUCAAAUGUGGCUCGCCCGACCAACUUCGUUCCCUGAAUCUUACACAGUUAAACCGCGAGGAUGUAUGUUUUGCACCAAAACUAUUAACAAAUGAAACUGCUGCUAACAUUUCAACGACGCCACACCCAGGUACAAAAUAAUUCUCCUGGGCGUCUUUCCACAUAUUAAGACUCACAUUUCUAUAGCAUAAAUUUACAUGUAGCGCAAAUUUACAUGAUCAAUCGCGCUUUGCAUCAAGUAUUAAUACGCUUUCCUAAUUACAUACUUAGUUUAAACCCUAGACAUUUUAUCUUUUACAAUGGACCAUUUGCAUUACAGACUAAAUUUUCUUUCAAAUCGUAUUAUUUAAGAUCCUUGCCUACCAAAUGGGGUCCCCAAAUGCAAUCCUGGUACGGAAAUAUGCACAAGAAAUGGAGAAUGUCAUUGUAAACAAGGCUUCACUAGAAAGACGGAAACUGGUCAAUGUGAAGGUAAAAAGUACUAUAUGUACUAAAGGUUUAUGAAUUUUUAAUGAGUAUUUUAAGAUAGUAUAAAAUAUUGAUCAUUGAUAAUAUCGAAACUUCAAAAGGCAUACAUGCCAGAACAUAAGUCAUGAGUGGAUGGCAUGGAGAAAAGUGAGGUUUUCAAAACAAUGAAAAGACAAUGGAACAUUCCUACCCCUGGAUCAUGACUGGAUGGCAUGGGAGAACAAUGGGGUUUUCAAAACAACGGAACAUUCCGAUCCCCGAAUCUUGAGUAUACAGUAUAAAAUGUGACUUACCAUUUCAUUCUGGAGAUGGUCUUGGAGAUAGUCUUCCAGGGAACGGCCCAGUAUAGGUAAUAUUCUACAGCAUUCUCCAGUUUCUGAAAAAAACAUUAAAAGCACUUCGCCGAAAUAUGGAAAUUCGCUUUGUCUAUAUCUAGUUUAUACGAAACAUGGGUGACGGGAUCCACCGUGUUACCCGCACGUGACUGGAGCUAAAUGCAAUCCUGGGUCAGAAGGGCUUGUGCACGCUAGUAUAGUAGAAAAUUUCAAUUUUCACACAUUUUGCAAUAUUUCCUGACCAGAUUUAAUAGGUGUCUCUUUUAAAAAACAUUCUCUUUUUUAUUUUCAAACUUGGGCGUAUCGAGUCAAUGUUAUCUGCAUGAUUGCACCUUGCUCUUGUCUAUUCUGUAGAAUAAGUUAGAUCAACGUGUACAUACUGAUAACUUUAUUCUCAUGGUUGUCAGAUGUUAGGAUCCGAGGUUACCGCGUUACCUGCACGUGACUGGAGCUAACUGCAAACCUGGGUCAGCUAGUGUUGUGCACGCUAGUAUAAUAGAAAAUUUCAAUUUUUCCCACCAACCAGAUUUUAAUAGGUACCAGCCCUUUCUCUUUAGCAUUUGAUGAUGCCUGUCUCGGGAACAACAACUGUUCUGAGUAUGCUCAGUGUAUCAACGAGAUUGGAUCGUACAAGUGUAUUUGUAAAUCUGGCUACAUUGGAGAUGGCAGGCAAUGUAAAGGUUGGUAUGUGGGAUAGUGAUACAAAAAAAAUUCGACAUGAUAAAAACACACGUAAAAAUCUCACAACUUGUCAACAAGAUGUGUUCGCAACAGGCUUGUAGCAAGCUUGCCAACAAGUUGUAACAAUGUUGUUAUUUUAUCAAGUUGCUACAAGGUUGUCACUCACAACUUGAUGAAUUGCAGGACAAUAUCAAGUUGUUGGAACAACUUGCAACAAGUCUGUUGAGCUCAACAAUUUUGUAGCAAGCUGUCAUGGGAACAAGCAGUGCGAACACAUCCUGUUGACAAGUUGUUGGAACAGCAUUGCUACAAGUCUGCUGCAGGUUUGUUACAACUUGUGAGUUUUUACCCAAGUUACUUAACGGGGUACCCCCAAUCUCCAGUCCCGCGAUGUAUAAUGAUGUUCUUUCUCUCUCGCACAGACAAGAACGAGUGUAAAGACAGAGUAAGCAAUGAAUGCCACAAGUACGCUUUGUGUAUAAAUAAAGAUGGCGGGUACACAUGUCGUUGUAGAAAAGGUUUUGAACAACACAAAGAAGGAAGAGUGUGUAUAAGGAAAAGUAAGAUAUUUUAAUUUAGUUUGAGCUGGUGUGUUCAUACUCGAAGCGAAUAUUACUCCCGACGAUUAUUCCUUGUUCUUUUUUAAGAUGAAAUUUCUGUCAAGACGUUUGUUCUGGGUGGAUUGCUCGCUGCCGCUCCGCUCGUAACCUUUGUUGCUCUCUCGGUAUUUAUCUGCCGGAGGUAAGGCUUUUCAACCAACUAUAACUACGGUCAUUCUUCAACCUAGGCAGAAAUUUCAACCAGUCUCCUGAAUUGUGCCAAAGAGCUUAAAUGUUGUCGAGAAGAUCUCGCAGUUGAAGAUUAUUAUUGCUGCUUGAAUAAGUUUUCGUUUUCAAAGGUCGUAGGCUCGAUUCCCACCGUGGACAGGCAUAUUUUUCAAUCUUGCCCGGUGUGGAUAUACACUCAGAGUAACAUCACAAGCAUCAAAACUAUAAUCUAGCACUAGAAGAAUAAUGUGGUUUUGCUGAAUCGUGCACUGACACUUAUUUCAAUACAUCAAAAUCAUCCCGCAUCUCAUCCGGGCAAAGCGCGAUCAUGUAAACAGUCCCUGACCAAGUGUGAGGUAUGUGUAAUAAUAAUUCACGUUUACACUUAACAGGCGUUUACGUACACAGAUGUUGGAAAGACAAGCCGCAUAUUCACCAGAGAGUCCGCCUAAUGAUGACGUCAUGCCGCCUGAUAAUCAACAGCUUAUUCUUGGAGCCGAUAGUUAUUAUUAA